AUGGUCGCCUGGGGCCCGCCCACCUACCGCAGCGGAAGAUCGCGAUUCUUCUCCUCCGUGUGCCGCACCCCAGUUCCACAACAAGAGCGAUCCCCCGAAGGCGGAGGUGGCCGCACGUUCCCGGCGCAGAGGCAGCCGCGGCGCACCCAGAGGCCAGGGUUCUCCCCGCGCGGGCGGCUGUUUCUCGGCCCCUCUCCGCCUGUGCACUCGCCCCAGCGCGACUUCCCCGGUGGGCGCAGCAAGGAAAGGGAUGAAGUCGGUAGGUGUCGGUCAGGCCGCCGGGAGAGGCGCCGCCUGCGCGCCAGAAGCCGAGCGGGCGCCCAGCAGCCGGACGGCGGCGCGGAGCGCCAAGGCCAGGGCGGGCGGCUGCGGCGCGGACGUGCUGUCUCCGGGGAUCGCCUCCAGCCGGCUGUCGGGAGCGCAGGAGGAGGCGCGCGGCCCGAGGGGGCCGUGCUGCUCGCACCCGAGUUAGCGCCGCCGCCGCGCCUCUGCACGCGCGCCCUCGUCCCUCCUGCCGCGGCGCUCUGCGUGAAGCUCUUCCUGGAAACGACUCCCGGCAGAGGCUCUGAGGGGACCCAGGCGCGCUCCUCUCCCCGGCAGGGGCGUCCCCGCUCGCGGAGGCACCGGCACCGGGAAGACGAGGCGGUUGAGCGGGACCGGUGCCCUCCGCCGCCGCGGGCCCGCACUCGCCGCAGCCUCGCGCGAAGCGGACGCGGGGCUUUGACGCUCACGGCUCGCGGCCGCGCGUUCGUUGCAGGACCUUCCCGCGUUCGCCGCACUGGGCUGCCGCCGCGCCACGGUUUCCCGCGUCGCUCCGCGCUCCUCGAGUUACGUCGAGUUCUUCUGUGGAGAGUUUGGAUCGUUUUCUUUCUUCUAGGAGAAGACCCCGCAGCGUCCCGCCGGCUUCCACCGGCCGCGGGCUCAGCAGCCCCGCGCCUCCCUUCGGGGAGCCCGGGCUGGAGCGGGACGCCGUUCUCUGCUCCAUCCGCGUGCUCAGCCCUCGGAACCGAGGCGGCCUGGGCGCGACCGCCCCUUGGCGGGGUCAGCUCCGAAGUCGCCAGGCCGGCGCCGACGCAGGAAGGCGGCCGGGCUGCGGCCCGGGGUACCCGGAGGCGUCGCGGCGGGCCCGCGCCCCGCGUGGCUCCCAGCGUCCGGGCGCGCUCUCGCUGCGGGCCGCUCUCCGCCAACGCCCGCCUCGCGCUCUGCGCCAGCGCGGCACUUCCCGCCGGGGCCGUGAGCGGCGCGGAGCCCCGACGACGUGUCGCUGGUAGCCCCGGCGCCCGAGCGCCGCGCGGCGGAGCGGAGGCCGCGGCAGGAGGCGACAGCCCGGCCGGCCGCGACGGUCUUCCAGCCCCUGUGAUAGAGCUCUUACAGCCAAAAUACCAUUGUAAAGAAAAGGCUGAAAUCAUCUGCGCUGAAGUUCAGGUUAAACUCAGCAAGGAAUGUUUUCACCCUUACAGUACGUGCAGUAUUGAUCUAAGGACUGCACGCUGGGAAGAAGCAAUCCAGGAAACAAAAGGUGGUGCAGCCAAUAGGAAAUUGGCUGAAGAAUGUUAUUUCCUGUGGAAAUCUACAUAUUUACAGCAUAUGAUACUAGCAAAAGAUGUCAAAACCAUGCUUGCUGAACUUCGAAAGGAGCUCCGCCAACUUUUAUUAAUGAACGGGAACAGACAGACCCAGAGAGAGAAGAUCGAAGCUUGUGCCUGUCAGUCCUAUUUAAACACUGUUGUCAUAGGUGGAGAGCAGAGAGAGAAGCCAGCACCGUCCAUAUUUUAUUACUGCUGCAAUCUCAGAGUACAACCUGGGGACUGUGCGAUGGUCGGUGACAUACUAGGAGGCCUCAAUGCAGGACUGAAAGCAACAGUCCGGAUCAAUAAAAAUGGAAUGGUGCCACUGAAGUCCUCCCCUGUUCUGCAUUAUGUAGUUUCUUCUGUGCUAGAGUUACCUGCUCUCUUAUAA